AACGGGUAAAAAAAUUGGGACAUAGUUUAGGUCAGGGUUGAACACUGGAAACAAAGAAUUAGAAGAGAGAGAGAGAGAGAGACAGAAGCACCGGUUGAGCAGCAGGAAGAAAGAAGAUCGAAAGAAUGUGGAGGUCCAUACUUGCAAGGCAAAGGUACCCUAUUCGCCACUACAACGCCUAUGCCUCACCACCAUUUCAGUUUCAGGUUCCUCUCUCUAACUUCAUUCUUAACUCCCCAAAAUCAAUAACAACAUCAUCUUCUUAUUCCCUCGGUUUUCCCCAAAUUUCGUAUCUUUCCAACAUUAUUAACAACCCCAGAUUCUUCUCUAACCAAGUUGCCUCUCAAAAUGACUCCCCCGUCGAUUCUUAUUCUCCUCAAAACCACGAUGAUGCUGUUCACCUAGAAAACGAUGAUGGUGUCGGCGUUGAGAAUAAUAACGAUGAUGGUGUUGAACAUGGUAUUGGAAUUGAAGAAGAAGAAGAGGUAAAAGAAGUUUACCAGAUUGAUGAGGAAAAAUUGGAGAAGGUAGUGUCUCUUCUUCAAAAUAGUGAUGAUGGGUCGUUUGAGUCUUCUCUUGAUGGCAUGAAUUUGAGUUUACAUCAAGAUUUUUUCAUCAAAGCAAUUGAAACAGUUCCUCUGGUUUUAGGUGAGAAUCUUGUGAGGUUUUUCAAGUGGGCUUUGAAUGAAAACAAAUCACUUGAAUUAUCCACCACAGUUGUGGAAUCACUUGUUUUCACAAUAUGCAAUAGUAGUGGUUCAUUAAGGAACAAAGAUAUAUACUCUCUGUGGGAAUUGGUGAAGGAAAUUGGGGAGAAACAAAGUGGGGUUAUCAAUGUAACUAUUCUUAAUGAGUUGAUAAGUUGCUUCUCAAAAUUGGGUAAAGGGAAGGCUGCACUUGAGGUAUUUGAAAGGUUUGACGUGUUUCAGUGUGUACCAGAUGCUGAAAGUUAUUACUUUACAAUUGAAGCUCUUUGUAGGAGAUCAGAUUUUGAUUUGGCUUGUUCUGUGUGUGAGAAGAUGCUUGAUGCACAGAGAAUUCCUGAUGGUGAAAAAGUUGGUAGAAUAUUGUCUUGGUUGUGUAAGGGCGAAAAGGUUAAAGAAGCGCAUAAAGUGUACAUGACAGCAAUUGACAAUAAGAUGUAUCCACCUUUGGCUUGUGUUAAAUUUUUGGUUGCUAAUCUAUGUCAUAAGAAUGAAAAUGUACAACUAGCUUUGGAGGUGUUGAAUGAUAUACCGUUGGAGAAGAGGAAACUUGCGAUAAAGCCGUUUUCGGCUGUUGUUCAAGCUUUGUGUAGGAUUAAAGAUGUUGAUGCGGCCAAGCAGGUUGUUUUGAAAAUGAUUGCUGAUGGUCCACUUCCUGGAAAUGCUGUUUUUAAUUUUGUUAUUACUGGUUAUUCGAAAGCUGGAGAAAUGGGACAAGCUGUGGAGAUUUUGAGGCUACUUGAAAGUAGGGGUUUGAAACCGGAUGUGUACUCGUAUGCUGUUAUUGCUAGUGCUUAUUCGAAUGGCGGUGAGAUGGAAGAGGCUAGGAAGAUCUUGGAAGAAGCUAAAAAGAAGCAUUCGAAGUUAGGCCCUGUAAUGUAUCACACUCUAAUUCGCGGAUAUUGCAAAUUGGAACGGUUUGACGAGGCUUUGGAAUUGUUGGCUGAGAUGAAGGAUUUUGGUGUCCGCGCUACUGCCGAUGAAUACGAGAAGCUCAUCCAGUCUCUCUGCUUGAAGGCUUUAGAUUGGGAAAGAGCAGAAAAGUUGCAACAAGAAAUGAAAGAAAAUGGUUUACAUCUCAAGGGUAUCACUAGGGCCCUAGUUAGAGCUGUCAAAGAGACGGAAAUGGAGGCUGUCGAGGCUCAAAGCGAUAGUUUAGUGGCCUAAACAUGAUGUGGUAUUUGUUAUUCUUUUUUUAUUAGGUUACAAUCAAUCUCCAUGCCAAAAACAACUGAGAGGAGAUUUUUUUGAAGUGAUUGUUGAUGAGUUUGACUUAUCUGGCCUUUUAAAAAUAAUUAAACUUCUUUAAUUCCUCUAUUUGAUGUUGACACUAGUAUAAUUUUAGAUUUCUUUAUUUUCUUCUAAUUAAUGUCAGAUAACAACAAUACGGAGCACUUAUAUUGUGCUGUUUCAGUGCUUCUUUCUUGUGUGUUUGGUGUUUCCUUUCAAACAUAUGCUCAUAGAUAUUGUAGCAUGUAAUAACAAUUAAAUCUUUUAAAAAUGUCUUUUCCCUUU